AUGAGGAGGGAUAAUGACAGCACUGUGUCUGAGUUCAUCCUCCUGGGGCUCCCCAUUCGAGCAGAGAACCAAGCCGUGUACUCUGCCUUGAUCCUGGCCAUGUAUCUGACAACUGUGCUGGGGAAUCUACUUAUCAUUCUGCUCAUCAGGCUGGACUCUCACCUCCAUACCCCCAUGUACUUCUUUCUCAGCCAGUUGGCCUUCACAGACAUUUCUUUCUCAUCAGUCACAGUUCCAAAGAUGCUUGUGAAUAUGCUGACACACAGUCAGUCCAUCUCAUAUAUGGGGUGUGUUUCCCAGGUGUAUUUUUUCAUAGUUUUUGGAAGCAUUGAUAGCUUUCUUCUACCCUCCAUGGCAUAUGACAGGUAUGUGGCCAUCUGCCAUCCUCUGCAUUAUACCAUCAUCAUGAAUCUGAGCUUCUGUGUUCUUCUUGUAGUAAUAUGCUGGGCCUUAUCUUUAGCCAAUGCUCUUGUGCACACUCUUCUCUUGGCUCAUCUAUCUCACUUUAGAGGCAACACCAUCCCCCACUACUUCUGUGACCUCUCUGCCUUGCUGAAGCUGUCCAGCUCAGACACCACCAUCAAUGAGUUAGUCAUACUUGUUUUAGGUAAUGUGGUCAUUACCCUGCCAUUCAUAUGCAUUCUGGUCUCUUAUGGCUACAUUGGAGUCACCAUUCUGAAAACUCCCUCCAUCAAGGGAAUCCGCAAAGCCUUGUCCACAUGUGGCUCUCACCUCUGUGUGGUUUCCUUGUACUAUGGAUCUGUCAUUGGAUUAUAUUGUGUCCCCUCAUCUAAUAAUACUAAUGACAAGGAUGCCAUUGUGGCUAUGAUGUACACUGUUGUCACACCCAUGCUGAAUCCCUUUAUUUAUAGUUUGAGGAAUCGGGAUAUGAAAGGAGUGCUGAGAAAUAUCCUCAGCAGAAAAAAAUGA